CAGCAGUCUGCAGCUUAGCCCUGCCAACAAACGAGGCUACAGGCUGAGAUUACCGAAAAUACGUGGAAAUUCGCUCGUCCCAUAUCAGGAUUUUCGAUUGACCUCAGCGCAGCUUCGUUUUCCUUCCCUUUCAAACACAUAAUAUGGUAUAGACAUUUGAGUGUUAUUGAUUAUAGCCAAAGGCAGGGAGGGAGGCGGCCCCUGCACGGAGCUGCGACCUGCGUAUAAGCGGGCUUUGCGUAUAAGAUUUUCUCAAGCCAUCCACCCACCACAACCCGGAGCAAUUGGCGUCGUUUGCAGCAUGAACUCACUGGUGCUAGCCCAGACUCGGCACAGUUACUUGCCAACGGCCAAACCCGAAAGCCCAAAGGCUUGUUCUCAGCUCACAACAGCAGAAGCGCCGAACGCGCCGAGGAAAAUUAAUUUUAAACCCUUAUACGCCGGGCGCUAUGCGCCUUGCGGCUCAUGAAGGAGGCUAAAAGCCCCAAGUCCGGCCCCGCGGCGCUGCCCGCGCAGCAGCCGUCGUCGGCGGGGCCCUCUGCUGGACCCAGCCAGCAGGCUGACCAGGAAUCUACGCCCAAGAUCAAGGCACGAAAGCCCUACAUUAUCACGAAGCAACGGGAGCGUUGGACGGAUGAGGAGCAUGCCCGAUUCCUCGAGGCGCUAAAGCUCUAUGGACGUGCCUGGCGGAAAAUUGAAGAGCACGUCAGCACCAAGACUGCGGUACAAAUCCGGAGUCAUGCUCAGAAGUUUAUCAACAAGCUAGAACGCAACAAGGACUCGGGGUCCACAAAGGAUGGCGAGGGCAUCAGGAUCCCUCCGCCGCGGCCGAAGCGCAAGCCGUCCCGGCCGUACCCCCGCAAGGAGCCCAUCCUAGCGGACCACAGCGGCAGCGGCGCCGGCGAUGUGAGCGGAAUCAACGUGAGCGGCAUGAAUGUCAGCGGCAUCAAUGGUGCCGCUGCUACAGCCACUGGCACUGCCACCGGCACUGCCACUGCUACUGCCAGUCAGGGCACUGGCCUGGCGCAGCAACAGCAGCAGCAGCAGUCCAAGCUGUCGCUGCCCGUGCCGCCGCGCUCAUCAGCCAUGCCGCUACAGCCGCCCACGGCGGCGCUGCAGCAGCUGCAGCUACAGCUUCCACUCGGCCUGGGCCAACCGCAGCCGCCGGCCCUGGCGCCGGCAGUAGCAGCCGCCGCGGCGGCUGCAGCCGUGGUCAAGCAGCAGCAGCACCAACAGCAACAGCACCACUUGCUGCUGGAGCGGUCACUGCCGUCCUCACAAUACUCGGAGGUGUCGGAGGCGACCGUGGCGGCUGUAGCCGCUGCGGCGUCGGCGGCGGCCGCUGCCGCGGCGGCAGCUGUGGUGGCUGCGGCUGGGCAGCAGGUGCAGGCGCACCUGCAGGCGCACCCGCCGCAGGGCUUCCCGUUCUUUGGGUUGCCCCCGUCGCUGCUGGCGCAGAUCACACUGCAGAACCCCGCCCUCGAGACCAUGUCCUGGGCUGGAGGCGCCACGGGCGGCACCGGCGGAACCAGCGGCACUAGCGUGCCAACGCACGCGCAGCCGCACGCUAACGGCAGCGCGGCCGCUGGCGGCCUCAGUGCCGGCGGCACUGGCAUCGGCGUUGGCGCCAACGGCGGUGCGGGCAGCUUGGCUGCUGGCGCCACCGGUAGCACCACUGGCGCCGCCGGGCGGCCCAACUGGGACCUGGGCACGCUGUUGUGGCCCGCGCCCGCCAGCUACGACCGCCACCACCACCUGCACCACCACCACCAUCACCACCACCACCACAGCGCCGAGCGCGGCCACCCCGGGACGCUCGCCGAGGCCACCGCCACAACCAACGACGCCGAGAACCCUUCUGCUAUGCUGGGCGAGGACCUCAUGGGUCGCCUGGGCCAGAUGAUGGGCGUCGCCGGCGGUCAGGAGUCGCGCGGCAGCGACGGCAACUCGGUUGUGACGGAGCGCGAGGGAGAGCAGGGCGGCGGCGGCGGCGGCGGCGCGGUUGCGGGCGACGACGGCCCCGAGGCAGAAGAGACGGGGCAGGACGCGUGCGCGGAGGAUGCGGGCCAGGGCGCGCAGAGCAACCUCACCGACGACGGCCAGUGGGCAAAGCUGGGCCCCGGCGCCGAGCUGGAGCAGCAGCUGGCGGCGGGCGGCGCCAUGGCCACUUCCAAGUACUGGCACAUGCUAGGCGCGGCAGCUGGCCACCCGCCCCGCGACGGCCACGGUGGCGUUGGCCUGGGACCCAUCACACACAAGUCCCACAGCCACGGCGGCACGCGCACCACCGGCAGCGGCGGCGGCGUGCGCGCCAAGGCCGGUGCCGGCGCCAAGGCGCACGCACACAAGGAGGCGCGGGACCAGCACAAGAAGAGCUCUGCCCGCGACGCCUCCCCGCGGCGCUACAGCGACGUGUCCGGCCACGUGCGCGGCGGCCACCACCACCGCGACCGCGACCUGCUGGCCCACCCGCACAGCUCCCACCACCACGUGCCGCCGUCGCCCUCCAUCCAGGAGCACGCGGGAGGCCUGAAGCGCGACGCCGGCGGCCGACACGUGGCCAGCAGCGACGACACCAACGGCAGCGACAGCCAGCAGCCGCCCAACACCGAGACCCGGGAGGCGCAAGGCUCCAACCCAACCAACCACAACAACGGAAAUGGGAACGGCAGCUCCGGAAACGGGUCGGCCGGCAAUGGCAACGGCAGCGGCAGCCAAGGCAACGGCUCCCAGGGCAAUGGAAACAACGGCAGCUCUGGUAACGGCCACAGCGGUGGUAACGGCCACAGUGGUGGCAACGGCCACAGUGGUGGCAACGGCCACAGCGGGGGCAACGGCCACAGCGGAGGUAGUGGGGGAGCCGGUGGCAGCGGCGGAAACGGCAACGGCCACAGCAUCAAGGACUCCAACAACCCCACCGGCAACGGCAACGGCAAUGGCUACAGCAGUGCCAACGGCACGAGCCACCACCACCACCUGCACCCGCACCAACACCUGCACGGGCUGCAGCGCAUGCCGGCAUACGACGCUGGUCGCUACCCCUCCCACCACGAGACUCAGGACCGCGAGGGUAACGGCGCCUCUGGCAUUGGCGUCCGCCCGCCGUCGGGAUCCGACGAGGACGACAACAACGGCCUCAACGGUCUCAACGGUUCCGGCGGCGCAGGCGGCGGCGCCGCCGCCGGCGACGCCGCCGGCGGUUCCGGCAGUGGUGGCGCGGGCGCCGAGGUCGGCGCUAGCGCUGCGCCUGACGGCAGCCGCAGCGCCGGCGGUAGCGGCCCCAGUGCCAGCGGCAAGGCCGGCGGCAUCAAGGGCGCCGGCGUCAGCGGCAGUGACGGCAGCGGCGGCGCCGGCGGCAAGGCUGCCAAAGGCGGUAGCGGCGACGGCCGCAGCGGCAGCCUGGGCAGCGGCGCCGCUGGCUUCCGCCGCCCGGCCGAGGGAACCCUCGCGUUGGGCCUCCUUGCGACUGCGCCCGACCGGCCGGUCGGCCAGAUCGCUGGCUCAGCCUUCUCCGUCCCCGCACCCUCCAUCACGCGUGGCGGCAACGGCAACACCGGUGCCAGCGGCAACGUCGCCAAUGCAGCUGCUGCUGCUGGCACAGGCGGCAGCAACGACGGCGCCGGCGCCACGCACGGCGGCAGCGGCAGUGGCGGCAACGGCGGAGCCGGCGGUAGCAGCGGCGGCUCCGUCGCUGGCGCCGCUGCUGUGGCGGCGGUGCUGGAGGUCAGCCAGGUGCAGGCGCUGCUUGCGCAGCUGCAUGCGCAGGCCUCGCUGGUGCCCUACCAUGCGGCACCGGGCGCGGGCCUGGCGCCCAGCUUCGCGCAGCAGGCGAUGCACACGGCGACGGCGGGCGCUCAACCCUUCUUCGCCACCGCCUCCGCCGCGGCCAGCGCCAUCCAGCAAGGCCUACUCGGUGCGGCUCACCAGCAACAGCAGCAGCAGACGCUGGUGGCCACUGCGGCCGCUGCAGCGGCUAUAGCAGGUUCCGGCUCCGCCGCCGCCGCGUCCGCCGCUGCGUCCGCUGCCGCCGCGGCCGCAGUUGCGUCGGCGGCGGGCUCUGGCAGCGCAGCCUCAUCCAUGUCACAGCUGCUGACGCUGGCCAAGUCGGCGCGCAGGGAUGCCCGUGUCCCCGUGGAGGCGUUCGACGUCGCGGCCGCUGUGGCCGCGAUGGCGGCCGCUGCCGGCAGCGGUGACCUCGACGCCACCAACGCGGCGGAGCUGGCGCAGCUGCAGCAGGUGGCGGCUGCGGCGGCGGAGCCGCGCGUCAGUGCGGCCGCCGCCGCUGACCUGCUGCCCCCUCGCGGCGGCCGGGGCGGCUCGGGCUCCAACACCGUGCCACCGCUGCCGCUAGCUGCGCCUGAGUCACUUCUGGCGCUGGCCGCGGCUGCGCAGCAGGAGUCCGAACAGCAGCAGCAGCUGCUGCAACAGCAGCAGCAGGCGGCGCUGCCAAGCAGGAAAUCAGUGAGCAGCGCUGCCGCCUCCGCCCUGCCCCGCAGGGCCGGCAGCUUCACCGCCGCCGGCGCGUCGCUGGUGUCCUCUCGCGGCGCCUCGCCGGCGCGUGCGGGUGCCGCCAGCCCCUCCGACCUAGCGUCGGCGGCGGCGGCCGCCGUGCCGUCGGACCGGCGCCGCCGUGCGGUGCUGCUGGUCGACAGCUCUGCAAACAAGGCACUGGCUGCCGCCGCCGUGGUGGCGGUUGGAGACGUCGAGAUGGCCACCGUGGCUACGUCGAUGUCGGCGCUGGGCGCCGGCAGCUCGGCAGCCGCCGCCGCCGUCGCGUUGUCGGACGUGCCGUCUGGCUCCACGACUGUGGAGGCACUGCGCAAUGCGGUGGUGCUUGGCCUGGAUCCGGUCCGCGCGCCGCCGCUGUACGCCGGCGACGGCUCACCGCCGCCGCCGCCCGCGCUGCCGCUGCCGGUGCCGGUGCUGCCGCGCUCCGUGCCUACGCGCGUCUUGUCGGUCUCGGCAGCGGAGCUGCCGCCACCGCCGCCGCUGCCUCAGGCCAAGGCCGCCGCGGCUGCGCGCCCCGAUGCCAAGAGGACCAGCAGCGUGGCUUUGGGCGACGGCGACGGCGCGGCGGCCGGCACUGCUGACCCGCCGCCCAGACUCCCGCCUCGCAAGCGCCACCACCAGCUGUAAGGCCACUGCCCGUUGACUGCUGGCUUGCAGCAGAAGCUGUGUUGCCGGGUGCGGGGCUGGGGGCGAUGGUGGCGGCAGCAGUGCCGCAUGUGAUGCGUUGCGGUGCCACUGCGCUGAUUGAUGUGCUGCAAAGUAUGUGUCGAUGCAGCCUGCCUUGGGGCGGGUUUGUUUGGUAUUGAUGGCUGCGCCGCUAGGCGCGGUGAGAGGUUGUUGCGUGGUGUGUGUGUGUGUGUGUGUGUGAGCGAGACCGAUUGUUUUGCUGUGAUGCCAUGAUGUCAUGGCUGUGUGAUCUGUGUUGAGGUGACGCCGAAGACCGGCGCCUCACCACGGCAGGCCCCGUGUAUUGAAGGCGGGGCCGGUGGUGAUAGUGGCGAGGGCGAGGCUGAUAUGCGGGUGCCCGAGGCUCAUCCACAUGCGGGGGAGCUCGUGCUGGGGCGCUGCGUCGGCUGAGCCGGCUGCGUGGGUGCACGGCAGGUGACGGUGGCGACACGUCCAGGUCCAAUAUGAGGGGUUUGCUCUUGCGUGCUGGGAGUUGCAGUGCGCGCUCACGGCACGCGAGCGCAACAAGCCCCGAGAGGGCAAUUGGGACGCGCCACCGAGGAGGUUGGGCACAGGGAAGGCCAUGCACGGUCUUGCCAGCGUUGGCAUGAAGGCAGGAUAGAGGGGUGAGCGCGCGAGAGGAGCGGUGGCGGCGAUGACGCACGCGUCGUCAUUUUGAGGUCUGGUGUGAGAUCUAAGAGUUAGGCAGGACACGGCUGCUUUUUGGACACAGCCCUGUCUGACGCCGCCUGAGCGCUCCGAGGGGGGACAGAUCCGAACGCGGCCAGUGUUGCAGUCAACCAAAUGAGAGUCACGAAACUGCAACCCGUAUCACUGUACAGAUGCCACUUGGGGCAUUGGCAGGCAUACAAGGUAGCCGUUGUGCUUGCAUGCCUGGGUGGCGGCGGUUCAAAGCCAGUUCCGGUGUCUGUCAAAUCUAAUAUGUUGAUUUACGCGUACGUGUACUUUGCUGCUGGAGACUGUGAGAGCUGAUUGCGCCCGAGCGGGCUGCGGCCCAGUGGUGGUUACAUGUGCAAGGCAGAUAAGUACGGUAUUGCACUGUGCAGGGUGAACGCAUGUACUCGACUCGCUCAGGACAGGGAGAGAUCUGGGGGGCAAUGAUGCUGGAGCAUACAUGUCCGCGGCCUUUUCCUUUUCAUCUUCUCCUGGUGUCGGGUCCUGUUUUAAAGGAAGGGAGUCACGGCGGAUGCAUGCGCGGCAAUCAACACAUAAGAGACGCGUCGCCGGCUCACGGCGGGAAUGCGGUGCGAUCGAGCCACUGGGGGUUUUGAGAUUGCGAUGAAGCUUGUGAGGCUUGUUUCGAAUGCACACCCGAAUGCACACCAUACGGGGGAGAUGAUAGGUAGGGACAGGGCAUCCCGGUGUUCGGUGCGGACAUUGCAGAGAGGCACACUGAUACAGAAAUGGACGUUGUAUCAUGGUUGGAAAGGCAGAGCGGAGGAAGCGUGGCGAGCGGGCAAGGUGGGCAGCAAGCGUGCAGGGGCGGGCGGCGAAGGCGAGAGGCCCGGUAGGCCCGCAGAGAGGAGCGCUUCACUGAAAUGAGUGACCCCCCAAGCUGUCAACAGGUUGGGCAAGUCGCGCGCGGUGCUAGGUGAGGUUUGCGUGGCUCAGGGUGAGAGUCUGCUGUGGUUGCUGCAACGGCGCAUGCACAUAGAACAUGCAUCUCGCGGUCAGUAUAGGACGCUUAAGCAGUCCAUGCCCAUGCCGAUUUCGCACUUGUAACGUGGCGAGAGA